UCUUUGCAGGGUGAGCGCAUGUGGGCUGAGCGUUCGAGUUGGUGUGCUUGCCGGAGUCGUCAUCCUCUGCAUUACUCGAGCUGCAGCAGCUGAACACACAUACGCGCACACGUACAUUUACGCUCACACAAAGACAAGCACUAUAAUAAGCGCUUUCCUGCAGCUCCGCUGCUUGGCAGCUCUCGUGGAUCUUCUGGAUUGUCGUUUUUUUUUUCACGUAUACGUGGUGGCCAUUUGCAGCAGAUACUCUGGAUUUCACGCAAUCGGUCACGUCGUGCAGUGAUGAUGCACUGAGAGGAGAGGCGCAGGAUCGUGGGCUGCGAUUACCCCCGAAGGCUGUCGUGAAGGUUGAGAUCUGAGAGUGGCGCAAGCAAGGUGAACUCAGUAGUCCCUAUCCACGCCGAGGGAAUCUCGACCCUCUGUCGGGGGGUGGAUCGGUGGAGGAAUCCCAACCAGAUCCGUUCAAUAAAUUAUGGCCACUCUACUGCGGAAAAUCGGCCUGAUCCGCCUGCACGACCGAGACACAGAGGACCCCAAACACCACCAGGGCUCUUUAAAGGGCACCAAAGGCACCCCGAAAAACAACAAACAUUGUCAGACGGCCAACGACACCAACAUCCUCAGCACCCCGGAGAUCAAGGCGAGGAAGCUGGACCAGCACGGCAAGGACAAGGAAAAGCCAGGCAAGGAUGCCAAGGAGAAACAACAACAACAGCAGCAGCAGCAGCAGCAAACCGGCGGAGGUGGGAAUAAAAGCACCGCAGCCUCCUCCGUCCCUCCGCUCGCGCCUCACCGGCAUCACUGCACCCAAGUGCGGACGCGCAGGCUGAUGAAGGAGCUGCAGGAGAUCCGCAGGUUAGGGGAUAGCUUCAUCACGGUGGAGCUGGUGGAGGAGAACCUGUUCGACUGGAACGUCAAGCUGCACCAAGUGGACAAGGACUCCGCGCUGUGGCAGGACAUGAAGGAGACGAGCACCGAGUUCAUCCUGCUCAACGUCACCUUCCCCGACAACUUUCCUUUCUCGCCGCCCUUCAUGCGGGUGCUGACGCCGCGCUUGGAGAACGGCUACGUGUUGGACGGGGGCGCCAUUUGCAUGGAGCUGCUGACCCCCCGCGGAUGGUCCAGCGCCUACACGGUGGAGGCCGUCAUGAGGCAGUUUGCGGCCAGCCUCGUCAAAGGACAGGGGCGUAUAUGCCGGAAAGCAGGCAAGUCCAAGAAGGCCUUCAGCCGUAAAGAAGCCGAGGCCACCUUCAAGUCGUUGGUGAAGACCCACGAGAAGUACGGCUGGGUGUCCCCGCCCGUGUCGGACGGCUGAGCGCCGACCCCUGACCUCCAACAUGCAAAAUGACACCACGCUAACUCAACAAUCUGUCACACUCACCUUUUGCUGUAGCUUUUAUUUAUUUUAAUGUGUGUGUGUGUGUGUGUGUGUGUGUUACAUGGGGGACUUUGUAUUUGAUAUGCAGACAAGCGAUCACUUUCACAUCAUCAUCACCAUCACUGCCCUCACCCUCGCCCAGGGAAAUUCUUUCCCCAUUUUGGGAAAGGCCUGAGAAGGAGGUCUGUGUGUGUGCGCAUUCGGGAAUGCAUUUCUUGCUUUUCCUCCAUCUCGAUGUAUUUUUUUUCUUCUUCUCGUGCACAUGCAGUUGGACCCUGUGUGGACUUUUGCAGCCGAAUGAAGCGGACUCAUCCCGCUGUGGCGCUCGCCUUGCCCUCCCCACGCCUGAGCCCUUCCCUCCUCUUCCUUUCGGCAUUACUCUCGGUCGUCUGCCUGUGGCUGCGGGUUCAUUUGCAUAUAAAUGAAGCCGUUCAUGUUUAAUAGACGGGCGGCGCGCCGACUUCUCCGCUUGUUCGCUCCUUCGUUUCUUCCCUUUUUUUUCUCCCUGUCGGCUGUGCGGUUGCCCACACUUGGAUGCAACAUGAAGAUUGUAAUGUACAUGGAGCUGUGCUCUCUCUCUCUCUCUCUCAUAUCCUUCCAAGCCCGCUCGCCCACUGUCUUUCUUUUUGUCUCGUGGCUAAAUUUAGCGCUCACUGUUGCAUCGAUGAAUAUUAAUUUCUAAUGGAAGG